ACAUCUGUUAUAUGAUUAUCACUCAAUUCUAAUAUGCAUAAGGAUCGAUGUCUUGGCUGGGCGGUCCAUCUAUCUGUGGUCCAUUCAACAACAUUUGUGUGUGUGUGAGAGAGAGGGGGGGAGAGAGUAAGUGAAAUACUAAUAAUAUAAAUUAAUUGUAUGUAUGUGGGAGUCUUUUUUCUUUGAUGGUUAUAUGAGACAGAGCUUCAGGAGCAUCUAGGCUGUGUAAAUCUGUGUGUGUGUGUAUCCAUGUGUGUUUGUAUCCCUGAGUGUGUGUGGGAGGGGAUAGAGGAUUGAUGAUUAAUAUUCAGAUGUAUCAUGAUGUUUCUCCCAGGCUGUAUAAAUGUAACCUGACAGAGAAGAGCUGUUCCUAUCUGGCCUCUGCCCUGACCUCACACUCCUCAAGUCUCACACAGCUGGACCUGAGGGGCAAUAACCUGAGGGCAUCAGAUGUUGAGCAGCUCUCUGCUCUAGUGGAGGACCCCCACUAUAAACUGGAGACACUAACUUGGGAUGGUGGUACCUUCAGAAGGGAGAGUCCAGCAGCAGCAGCAGCAGCCUCUGCUAGCAGCUCCCACUCCUCAGAUGCUGCAGAGCUGCACCUCACAGACAAAACCCAGCAGGAUCCAGGAGCACAGCUGCUCUCUGAUGACACUCCCAACAGCGAUGACCGACAGAGGAGCUGUGAAUCCUGUGCUGAAGUUCCAGACACCAACCACUGGGUCCUGGUGGAACCUGAAGUCUAUACAGAGAAGAGCAUCUCAACCUACAGCCUGAGCUCUCCUGCAGGGAGCUAUGAGUGCUCAGAGUCUGGUCUGCGCUGGUCGUGUGCCGGUCCAGUCACCCUGCAGUACUGCUUCACAGACUGGCAUGUCUAUGCUGAAGAGCUGGCCCACAUGCAGUUCAGACCAGCUGGUCCUCUGAUGGACAUCAGCCUCAUGUCAGGAGAGCUGGAGGAAAUCCAUCUGCCACAUUUCCUGUGUUUGGGGGGUUGUGAGGCAUCUGUGCGUGAUGCUGUGAGGAUCCUGCAUGGGCGGGACAGCGGAGUGUGUGUGGAGGUGUGCGAGCUGACCCGACACCAUGCCAGGCUUCUCCACCCCUCCUUCUCUCUGUUAGGGCUGGUGUACAUGUACAUGAUGGAACUGUUUUCUCCCAAAGUCCACUGUGAGCUGUUGCUCUUCUGCACCCGCGCCACUCCCCUGACUCUCCACGCCUACCUGGUGCCCAAAGACCCGGCUCAUAUCCAGGACAUCCACGAGGUGGAGAAGCCUGAUGGGGUGAGGAUCCGCAAACCCGGCACCGUGGGCCCGCUCCAGCUGGAGGCCAGUGUCCACGUGAGGACGUCGUGCCGGUCGGAGAUCCUCCCUGAGAUGAUGAACCUGUGGCCACUCUCCACUGCUAACUUCUGUGAGGUUUACAUGGAGCAGCCAGAGGAGGGCUUUGAUAUGGAGGUCAUCAGCUCUCAGCACACAGAGCCCAUCUGGAGAGCCAAGAUCCGCAGAAACGACUACUUGCAGCCCAGCAGGAGCCCAGGACAGGUCGGCAGCCAGGGGGCAGCUGGCUUUGUGGACGAGAACAGGGCAGAGCUCAUCAGCAGGGUGACAGAGGUGAUGCCCAUAGCUGACGAGCUCCUCUCCCAGGGAGUCAUCGUCCGGGAGACCUACUCUAACAUCGAUGCUGCUCCCACCAGUGAAGUCAAAAUGAGGGUCCUUUAUGAGGGCCUGCACUCAGCUGGAGCUCAGGGAAAACUGGCCUUCUACAGGAUCCUUCAGGCACAGCAGAGCCUCCUAGUGGAGGAACUGUGGAUGAUGACAGCAGGACACCCAGCCUGCCAGACUCUACUAUCAUCUCAGAGAUCCUGCCAGAUACUGCUCAUCUUUCCUUGAGAUUCUGGGUGUUUCUCAGUCAAGAAUGCUUUCUUGGUAGGAUGGGUCCUUUUGAGACCUUCCAAUUCGGGUCCUUCAAAAGCUAGGCAAGACUCCUUCCUAGCAUUCAGAGAACAAACAAUGAAACAGUCUAGCGAGUGUGCAGGUGUGCAUCAUUGAAAAGUUCCCAACUCCAAAUUCCGCACCACUUUUUUGUAAAAAGUCUCUGGGCUUAGUUGAUAUUUGGUGAUACAAAUACCCAAACAGACGGGAUUUUACAUUUUAUUCCAUUAGGCACUCAUCAUAUUCACGGAUUGACCUCUUGUUUACACCGAGAGAAGAAAACACACAGGAUAAUAGACUGUAAAAUACCUCCAAUCACCCUCUCAGACCACUCCCCGUUGUUGGUUGAAUGGGAUUUAGGCCAAAAAAAAAAACUUUAAAAGCUGGAGGCUGAAUACAUCUCUCCUCAAUGACCCCACUGUUGUUCAGUUGGUAAGAACGGAACUGAAUUACUAUGUGGAACUUAACACCAAUCCAGAAACGUCUCCAUUAAUACUCUGGGACUGAGCUAAGGCUUACUUGAGGGGCCGUAUUAUAGCUUUUUCUAGUGCUAAAAGGAAGGAAAAAGAAGCUGAAUGUAGAUAACUAGAAAUCAAAAUAGAGCUCUUGAACAACAACACAAAAUCACACACUGUCAAGACACACUGUGUUCCCUGAUAAAGACACGCAGGGCACUAGACACCUUACUUUCAGAAAAAGCAGAGGGAUGUUUGCGAUAUACCAGACAAAGAUACUAUGAACACGGAGCGAGGGCGAGCUGUUUACUGGCAUUUCAGCUAAGGAAACAGCAGUCCUCUCCAGUGGUAAUGAAAGUUAAAACUGAUAACCCAAGUACAUUUGUGACCGAUCUAGAACAAAUUUCAGAAGCCUUUGCAGAUUUUUAAAAGAAGCUUUACACCAACAUGGGGGUGUCCACAUGUGACGAUAAGAUAAAAAACUCUCUAGACCAAAUCAAUUUAACACAACUGUCCGAUGAUGCAAAGGGAAAUUUGGAACUUCAGGAAGUAAUUUCAAACCUUAGAAAUAAUAAGACCCCAGGCCCAAAUGGCUAUAUUAAUGAGUUUCAUAAAACAUUUAGAGAUGUAUUAUCCCCUCUCCUAUUACAAGCUUACAACUGUUUGUUGAAAACAAGGAAGCUUGCCCCAUCAUGGAGUGACGCUAUUAUCACUGUUAUACCCAAAGAGGGCAGAGACCCCACUGAUUGUGGUGGAUAUAGGCCCAUCUCCCUCCUUAAUGGAGAUCUACAUAUACUCACAUCUAUUCUCUCUAGCAGAUUAAAUAAAUAUGUCCCCGACAUAAUACAUCCAGACCAAACAGGGUUAAUCCCAGGCCGCUAUUCAGGUAACAACAUCCGCAGACUUCUUAAUGUCAUGAGCUAUGCAGCCUCCCAGGGCUCAGAAGCUAUGGUGCUGUCAUUAGACGCUGAAAAAGCAUUUGACCGUGUGUCAUGGAAAUAUUUUUUCCAAGCCUUGGCACGAUUUGGAUUUGGUGAUAAUUUCAUCCCAUGGAUCCGUAUUCUAUACUCAGAGCCCAGGGCUGCAAUUAGAGUCAACGGUCACUUAUCUACACCUUUUAGCCUCGAAAGGGGUACGCUCCAGGGCUGCCCCUUAUCACCCGCGCUUUCUGCCAUUUUUAUUGAGCCACUCGCCCCAAAUGAUCAGAAAUAAUUUGAACAUAGCUGCAGUGAUGAUAGGAGAAAAUGAACACUGAUGGAUAUAAUUUCCAAACACUGUUAAUGACUUCAGAAUAUAAUAAUCAAGUGCCUUGUAUUAUUAAUU